CGAUGCUCGUUAAGAACGGAUGGGUCCUGAUUUCAGAUGGAUGUUCUAAUCUAGAUAUACAUACCGUUUACCGCGCUCUCGGGUCAUAUUAAUUACGAUCGAUUUAUGUGAAGUCGGGUUGAGAUAUAUGAAUUGGUAGCUUGGAGAGGUAACCUAUUUCCGAAAACUCUUGGCUGAGAGAGAGGACUUGGCAUUGGUUAGCUAAGCUAAGCUCAUCGACUCUUAAAUUUUGUAUUUGAAAUAUUUUGAGAUUUUUGGAAAAGGGUACUCGUUGAGGUAUACGUACCUGAAUUGGUAGCUGUAUUAACGCCAAAAAUGACGUCGACGGAGAAACAGGACGCCCAGCAUGGGGAGUUCCGGAAAUUCCUCCCGGACCUGGAUACGCCACGGUUCCACGCCAUCGCGAAGAACGAUGCGUACGGCCAUGCUAAGGAACUGCUAGAGCAUCACAGGCCGCCGUGGUUGUAUGGCCUAUACGUACACUGGCGAAAGUUGUUCGAAGAGCCGUUCAAGGGCGUGACGAAUGAUGGAACCAUCCGCCCAAACCUCUUCCCCAUCCGGGACGAAGGCAUCCCAAUCACCGCCAUCGUCGCCGCCGCCGAAAGCAUCACAUCACAACUAACGCCCUCCCAAGCCGCCAAAACAACGCUCCACAUCGACUCCCCCGAAUGGCGCUCCUGGUCGAACCCCGAGUUCCUGCUCAGCGACAAAGGCAUCCGUCUCGACACCAUAACUCCCGCGCUGCGGUCCUCCGUUCUAGCGCUCCUCGAAACAACGCUCAGUCCAGAGGGCUACGCAAAGGCCGUUGCCGCGAUGCGGAUUAACCAUUUCCUCGGCGAGCUCGUGGACGCAUCGAAGGUUAUGAAUGAACAUAGCUAUAACUUCGUGUUCUUCGGCGCGCCGGCGGUGGAGCGGGGGUGGGGGUUUAGUUUUUAUGGGCACCAUCUUUGUUUGAGUGUUUUUUUGUACAGGACGCAGAUUGUGGUCAGUCCGUGGUUUACGGGCGCGGAGCCGAAUUUUGUGGAUCAGGGGGUGUGGAAGGGGACGAGGAUUUUGCAUGUUGAGGAGAGGUUGGGGUUGUGUCUUAUGCAGGGGUUGAGUGAGGAGGAGAAGGUGAAGGCGAGGGUUUUUGAGGAGAUGAAGGAUGGGAGGAUGGAGAAGGGACGGUGGAAUCAUGAUGAUCAGAGACAUCUUUGUGGUGCGUAUCGCGAUAAUCGUGUUGUGCCGUAUGAGGGUAUCGUUGUGGCGACGCUUGGAGACGAGCAGAAGGAGUUGGUGAGGGGGAUUCUGGGGCAGUAUUUGUUGUAUCUGCCGGAGAAGGCGCGCGAGCUGAAGUUGAAGGACUGUGAGGACUGGUUUGGGGAGACGUAUUUUAGUUGGAUUGGUGGGUAUGGCGAUGAGGAUCCGUUUUACUAUAGGAUACAGAGCCCGGUUGUUAUCGUCGAGUUCGAUCACCACUCCGGCGUGUUUCUGGCGAAUUCGGAGCCGGCGAAGUUUCAUAUACAUACCUUGCUGAGAACGCCGAAUGCGGGCGAUUACGGGUUUGCGUUGAGGAAACAGAUAGGGGGUGGUGUUGAGCAGGAAUAUGUCUGGGAGGGCUAAUCUGUGUGUAUAUGUCUAUUGGUAGCGGAUGGGUGUGAAAAAGAUGUGUUUAUAUUGUAUGCGCUUCACUUCAACAUGUAUGCAUACUUCACAUUGUCGCGGUAGUGUUGGCGAUGUAUAAAUCAUAGUAUAGGAAUUGUAUAUCUAUUCUCGCUGG